AUGUCGGACAAGCAUGGCGGCAAUGCCACUGGCACUGUCACUCAUGCCGGAGCUGUGCGCCCAAGGACGUCAGCACAGCGCAGCCCGCGAGGCCGGUACGCCUUCAUCCCUGCGCGCCUGGGACAUAACACCACCAACGACGCCGUCGCCGAAGCAAUCAUAAAAGCACAGGAGUACUACUUUAGCGGUGACCUGACGAAAUGGCGGCAGAGCAUCUACUAUCAGGCUUUAGCAGUCUCCCAGCUACGGAAGUCGCUGGAUGCAUCGGAUACCACACUCAUGACGGUAGCCAUGCUCACACUGUACGAAGAUGUCGCGCGGUUCGACGAGCUCUCCUGGUACCCACAUCAACACGCCAUCGUGAGCAUCCUACAAGCAAGACCCGAGUCCUGGCCGACGAGUGAUAUGGCUACCGCCGUCCUGUAUGCAUUUUGGGGUCCUUCCUUUGGUUUCUCGUGCUUUGAAGGAACACCGAGUCCAUUCGAUGAGAAGAAGUGGUUGUCCUUGGAUCCAGUCUGGCAGACUUGUGCUGCUUCUCAAGCGCUCAGUAAACUUCGGAAGCUCGCGCAUCAGCUUCUGAUACAGACUCCAAGGCUAGUUGCGAUGCUCUGGGACAUCAAUGGCCGGUCGAACAGGUCCGUCGAUUCGGCAGAGCUUGAGAGACUCAGCACCCUGGCACAAUGUCUGUACGACAGAGUCGAUGCAGAGUCUGAGGGUGUCUUGCUACACAAUGUUGCUGUCGUGAGGAGUCCGGACCGUGCUGGCAAAGCAUUGGUUGCAUACGUCUUCGAGUUCCAUUCGAUCGACGAAAUGGAAACCGCUGUGCUGUACUGGAUCGCUCGUAUACACAUCAACAGACUCUGCCGGAGUAUCUUGGAGCUUGCAGCUGUAGACGAAAAGCCAUAUCCAAACCAGGGCGAUACUGCGAAGACUAUGCAGUCCAGUCUACCUUCGAUGCUUGCUGGGCUCACCCACGAGCAAUUGCAGGCGGAGCAAACACGCCUCGCGACCAAUGUUCUCAUGUCCUGA